UAGGGGGCAGCGGGACGCCGUAGGAACGUGUGGGCUCUCGGGACGAAGGUCGAAGAAGAAGGACGCGGACGUGACCGCGUAGUGUUUACGAUGCACAGUUGAUUCCGAAGCCAGCGACCCCAAUACAACAUCUCCUCGGUUUCACGUGUUUACCCGCAGAGUUUGACCGCAGCUGUCGUAUUUCAAUGGGUGCUCACGGGGUUCUGGGAAACGAGCCCGAGUCUAUAGACUACUCGGUGCACGAAGCCUGGAAUGAGGCCACCAAUGUCUACCUGCUGGUUAUCCUGGUCAGCUUCGGUCUGCUGAUGUACGCCAGAAAAAACAAGAGGAAGAUCAUGCGCAUCUUCACGCUGCCUCCCACCGUCGGCAGCAGCCCGGAGCCCAACUUCUACGACAGUCUGCAGAAGGUCCGCCUGCGGCAGCAGCUCGAGAUGUACUCCCUGGCCAGAAAGUUUGAGCAGCAGCAGCAGCAGCAGCAACAACAACAGCAGCAGCAGCAAAUACAACAACAACAAGGCCAGACAGAGAGCGUGCAGCUCUCCAUGGAAUGAGGGCAGGUGGCCACUCAUCCCGCUCUGUCAGAGAAACACUCCUGCGUCUUCAAGCCAUCUGUACACGGAUAGGAAAGGACCCGAAGGGCUGUCGUGAUCAGAGAUGGUGAAAAAGACAAUACCCCCAUCCUGGUUGUUUUCCUGUUUGGCUCCCCGAAUGAGACGGGUCUCCGUUCACCUUCUGUUGUCUCUUCUUUGUGUGAACACACGGAGCAGUUACAGCUGGGUGGAUGAAUACUAGGCCAGGAACGCUUAGUUCCUUAGGGAGUGUGGCAUCCUGCAGGUCUGCUGUAUCACAUAGAGUAGUGACGCUGACAUAGUGUGAGGAGUGAUAAACCUGUAACUGCAGAUGUCUGAGUUGUUUUCAGUAUGGAAGGGGGAAAAAGUAUCUUGACGAAUUUCUUGCACAUUGAACAAGAGCCUUCAAAUUUAACAUAGGUUGUAGAUGUUUUUUACUCAUUAGAUGCUUGUAAGAUAUGUUUUGUGUAAAGUGGUUAGUAAAAUUGAAGUUCUCAAAUGUGAAAAUAAAGACAUAUAAACCUAAAGUGA